AUGGAGGAUAGUGAAACAGUUGAUGAUCAGAACUCAGGAUGGUUCCAAGUCAAAAAGAAGCAUAGGAAUGUUUCGAAGUUCUCCUUGCAGAGUUGGAUGGGGGGAUUUUCAGGAAAAAGUUCUUCUAAUUCUCAAGGCAAACAGCAGUCAAUGAAUAGAAAGGAAAGCAAUUCACACGGAAAGCAGAAAACUCGUGCUUCUAGGUCCAGGGAGAGUUUUUUACAAAGCCCUGUCCCUGCAAGUGUUGCGAGUUCCCCUUCCGUGUCAAACGAGGAGGUGGGCACAAGCUAUAUCAAUACAAAUGUGAGUAGACCUGAAAUUGUAAUUCAGAAGUCAGAUCCACUAAUUAGCACGGAAUCCGAAGGUAAACAUGAAGAAGCUAAGAAGUUACGUGAGACUGAUAAGACUGAUGUAGCCCAGCAAUCAAGAAGGGCUGAUUUGAGGGAGGGGUGCCUGACACUGCCGCCACAUGAAAACUUGAUUGGAGUUGGAAUCAAGUUUGGUAGUAUUGGAGAUGAUAGUUUGCUUAGCUGUAGAAAGCAUGAAAAUACCCCUGAUCAUGGUGAUUCAUAUCAUGCCCAAGAAAAAGACUCGACUGCACCAUCUGCUGGUGAAGAGAAUGUUCCUGACCCAAACUCUUCAUUUAGAUGCGAGGAUGAAGUAUUGGGAGAGAAUAGUAACGAUGUUAAGAAUAUAUCUCUGGAGCAUUCCAACAUUCAAGAAGUGAAUGGGGAAAAAGUUGGUCUAGAAGAUGAUACAUUAUAUUGUGAUGAUAAAAAUGAAGAAGUAAAUAAACCGGCAACCAACCAUGGGAUUGAUCAUGAACAUUUGUCCGCCAAAGAUGAUGCGGUGGUUGCAAAUCAAGCGCAUAGCCUUGUCAAUGUGGCAAGUGAUAUCAAAAUUUCGGAAAUGGCAGAACAAAGUUGCUGCUCGGGGGAAGUAGUUACUUCUUCACAAGUGCCCGAGAUUUUCACUGAUUCCACUCCUAUUGAAGAGGUUAGGGAUCAAGCAGAUGGUAAUGUUGAAAAUGUUUUUUCUGAGUCACAUAAUAUGGAUGCUCUAGAAUUAGCCGAUUCAAAUGAAAGCAGAGAAAGGUUUAGACAGAGGCUUUGGUGCUUUCUAUUUGAGAAUCUUAAUAGGUCUGUAGAUGAACUGUAUCUUCUCUGCGAACUAGAAUGUGAUUUGGAGCAGAUGAAAGAGGCAAUUCUUGUUCUCGAGGAGUCUGCAUCUGAUUUUAAAGAGCUAAUCGCUAGAGUUGAGGAAUUUGAAAAGGUUAAAAAGUCUUCUCAAGUAAUUGAUGGAGUUCCUGCCAUUUUGAAGAGUGAUCAUCGCAGGCCACAUGCUCUCUCAUGGGAGGUCCGCCGGAUGACAACUUCACCUCAUAGAGCAGAUAUACUGUCUUCAUCUCUUGAGGCUUUUAGGAUGAUUCAACAAGAGCGUGCUAGUAAUAACACAGAAAAUUCCAUGUCUAAAUGUUUGACUUCUGAAUCUGUUGGCAAUGUAAAAAUAUCUAGGGUCAGUGAUGGAACACACAAUGCCAAAGAUCCAGUGACUAAAUCAAGAAAGCAUAUUGUAUCUUCUGUUGCUAUCACGGUGCAAAGUGGACGUGACACACGCAAAAGCAUAUUAGCUUCAGAAGUUAAUUUAUCAAAAUUAGCUCCCUUGGAAAGUUCUUCUUCUUUUGCUGCUACCAAGGGUAAAAGAGACCUUGGAUCUGGGGCUGACAAGCUGCUUUCUAAGAAAGAUAAGGCACCAACAGUAGUUAUUAAUGAGAAGAACUCCAAGUCCACAGACAACCUUAGAAGGCAGAUACUGCUGUCUGAAAAGGACAAGGAGAAGAGGAGUACUGCACCGGGAAAGUCCUUGAAUGCUUGGAAGGAGAAGAGGAACUGGGAGGACAUACUUUCAUCUCCAUUUCGUGUUUCUUCCCGCAUGUCACAUUCACCAAGCCUCAGCAGGAAAAGUGCCGAGCGUGUACGUACACUGCAUGAUAAACUAAUGUCUCCUGAAAAAAAGAAGAAAACAACUUCCGACUUAAAAAAGGAAGCUGAAGAAAAGCAUGCUCGGGCUAUGAGAAUCAGAGGCGAGUUAGAGAAUGAGAGAAUCCAGAAGCUUCAGCGUACGUCUCAAAAAUUAAAUCGUGUCACUGAGUGGCAUGCUGUUCGUCAUAUGAAGUUACGAGAAGGCAUGUUUGCCCGCCAUCAACGGAGUGAAUCUCGUCAUGAAGCUUUUCUAGCUCAAGUGGCAAAGAGAGCUGGUGAUGAAAGUAGCAAAGUAAAUGAGAUCCGAUUCAUUACUUCCUUAAAUGAUGGAAAUAAAAAAUUGAUAUUACGUCAGAAGCUUCACGAGUCAGAGUUGAGAAGAGCUGAAAAGCUUCAGGUGAUUAAAUCUAAGCAAAAGGAGGAUCUGGCAAGGGAAGAAGCUGUUCUGGAACGCAGAAAACUCAUUGAGGCUGAAAAGUUACAGCGUCUUGCUGAGAUACAACGGAAAAAGGAGGAGGCUCAAGUCAGAAGGGAAGAAGAAAGAAAAGCAUCAAGUGCAGCACGGGAGGCAAGAGCAAUUGAACAGCUCCGUAGAAAGGAGGAAAGAGCCAAAGCACAACAAGAAGAGGCUGAACUUUUAGCACAAAAAUUGGCAGAAAGACUUAAUGAGAGUGAACAACGUCGCAAGAUUUACCUGGAGCAAAUUCGGGAGAGAGCAAAUUUGAGGGAUCAGUCAUCCCCUUUGCCCCGUCGAUCAUUGAAUAAAGACGGACAAGGUAGGUCUACACCCACAAACAGCAGUGAUGAUUCUCAGACAAACAUUGCAUCUGGAAUAGGUUCUAGUCUUGGAGUUGGCAAUAUCGCAUCACAACCCUCAAUAAAGAGAAGAAUUAAGAAAAUUCGACAAAGGCUUAUGGCUUUAAAGUAUGAGUUUGUUGAGCCCUCUCUUGGUGGUGAAAGUGCUGGAAUUGGAUAUAGAGUAGCAGUGGGUGCUGCCAGGGCAAAAGUUGGUCGGUGGCUUCAAGAACUUCAAAGACUUCGGCAAGCAAGAAAAGAAGGGGCCUCAAGUAUAGGGCUGAUAAUUUCUGAAAUGAUUAAGUAUUUGGAGGGAAAGGACCCUGAGUUACAAGCAUCUCGACAAGCUGGACUACUUGAUUUUAUUGCUUCUGCCCUGCCUGCCUCUCACACAUCCAAACCUGAAGCAUGCCUGGUUACAUUGCACCUGUUAAAACUUCUGAAAGUAGUACUGUCUACACCUGCAAAUAGGAGUUAUUUUAUUGCACUGAAUCUUCUGCCUCCAAUCAUCCCGAUGCUUUCAGCAGCUCUUGAGAACUACAUAAAGAUUGCAGCAUCUCUAAGUACUCCUGGCAAUGUCAGUUUGCCCUCAACUAAAACAUCAGCAGAGAACUUUGAAUCAAUUUCUGAAAUAUUAAUUAAUUUUUUGUGGACUGUUACUGCUAUUUUUGGCCAUAUAAGCUUAGAAGCAAGACAACUUCAGAUGCGUGAUGGUUUGCUCGAGUUAUUGAUUUCCUAUCAAGUGAUUCACCGGUUGAGAGAUCUUUUUGCACUUCAUGAUAGGCCUCAGAUGGAAGGGUCAGCAUUUCCUGCCCCUAUUGUCUUAAGCAUACAUCUUUUGAUGGUUUUGACUUCCAGACCUGGUAAGUUGAGUUAUAUUGACUGGGAAUCUUCCCAUGUGGCAACAGAGCAGGAAAUCGGCAGUGAAGGGGUUAAGUUUGCAAAUUCCGUAUUCUCUGUAGUGAAGAACUCUCGGGGAGAUUACAAUCCCUUAUUGGUGAUCAACAGUGGUCCAGUUAUGCCUUUGCCUGAUGUCCCCGAGGAUAGACCACUGGAUGAAAUAAGUAAGGUGAAUAGAAAUGAAGACUCGUUUUCUAUUGGCAAGGGCUGUGAAUUGGAGCAUGAUAGUAGUUCUGUUAAAUUGAAAAACAAUGAUGUAGAGAAAAUCGCUAAUCUAGAUGAAUCCAAGAAAAACCAGAAUGACGAUGUUGUGACUUCUGUUAUUCCCCAGAGAGAUGAAAAACAUACAGCACAGAAAAAUGAAAAAGAAUCAAAUUUGGCUCAGCCAGUGGUAUUCCUUCUUUCAUCUGUUUCUGAAACAGGACUUGUCAGUCUCCCUUCUCUUUUGACUGCUGUUCUUCUGCAGGCAAACAAUAGAUCAUCCUCUGAACAGGGCUCUUUUAUCCUGCCAUCUAAUUUUGAAGAGGUGGCAACUGGAGUAUUGAAGGUGUUGAAUAACGUGGCUCUGUUGAAUCUUGCAUUUUUGCAGAGAAUGCUGGCUAUGCCAGAUCUGAAAAUGGAAAUUUUCCAUUUAAUGAGCUUCCUUCUUUCUCAUUGUGCCAGCCGGUGGAAAGCUCCUAAUGAUCAGAUUGGUUUGCUCAUGCUUGAAUCAUUAUCCCUUCUUGGUCACUUUGCACUGCUUCAUCCUGGAAAUCAAGCUGUCCUUCGAUGGGGAAAGAGUCCCACACCCACCAUCCUCCACAAGGUAUGCGAUCUGCCGUUCGUUUUCUUCAGUGACCCAGAGUUGAUGCCAAUAUUGGCUGGCACAUUAGUUGCUGCAUGCUAUGGGUGCGAGCAGAACAAGUUCAUGGUUCAGCAAGAACUAAGUGUUGACAUGCUACUUUCCUUGCUAAGAUCUUGCAGAAUUGCUGCACCUGCAACUCAGCUUAGUUCAAACUUAGACAAUAUCACAACAGAUGAAUCUAGUGGGAGUAAUCAAUCCGCUAUUGUAAAACACGGCCGUUCCAAUGGCAAAGGCACUAGGGCUUCCUUCGGAAAGGGCGGUGCUUUGGGAAAUAGUGCGAAAAGUAGCAGGACAAGAAGCAUGCGGGAUGGCAAGGCAACUAAGAAUUCAGAUGAAGCGGUUCCUAAGUACUCACAUUCAAUGUUGCAUUGUAGGUUUCCUAACAGUUUCCUUGAUAAAGUAGAGCAGUUCUUUUCAACUGAUAUUACCAACGAGGUUGAUUAA